AUGAAUCUGGCGCUGACAAGACAGAACACGAAGAAGGUGCUGUCCUACUUCGCCAACGGCACCACCGUGAAGAAGAAAGAUGAGGAAAGUAAAGAGAACUUAAGGGACCAGAUCGUGCAGACCAACCGUUCGCUGGAGGCUUACGACAACGCCAAGACAACACGUAACACCAACUCCUCUCAUUUCUUGCCUCAACUGUGCCAAAUACUCCUUCAUUUUUUGUUCUGCAUUAGUAAGAAUCAAAACGAUGUCAAAUAUUCCUCUGCGCAGAACUUAAGGGACCAGAUCGUGCAGACCAACCGUUCGCUGGAGGCUUACGACAACGCCAAGACAACACGUAACACCAACUCCUCUCAUUUCGGUAAGUUCAUCCGCAUCCACUUCGCCCCCAACGGCAAGCUCUCCGGUACUGACAUCGAGGUGUACCUGCUGGAGAAGGCUCGCUUCGUGUCCCAGGCCCCUGCCGAGCGUGGCUACCAUAUCCUCUACCAGAUGACGUCUGAUCAAGACCAUUACUUAAAGAGCAUGUACUUCGUAGGAGAAAUGAACCACGUUUUUAUUUUCAUUCAAGACAUAGAAUUCACCUCAAGCAGAGGGGCCACGAGGAACAGGACGAACCCGACGGCACAGAUGUCUAAUGUUUGGAAACACAUGGAACUUGACAUCGUUCACUACGCCGGCACUGUGACGCACUACGUGACUGGCUGGCUGGAGAAGAUCAAAGAUCCACGCAACGACACCGUCGUCGACCAGCUUAAUAAGUCGAAAAUGCCUCUCAUUGUGAAUUUUUUUUGCUGAUCUCCCUGUCAGUCUGCUCCCGUCGAGGCCAAGGGAGGUAAAAAGAAGAAAACUGCUGGUUUCAAGACUGUUUCAUCUGGAUACAGGAAAGUGCAGAACAGUGUGAUGACUACUCUACACUCCACUCACCCUCACUUUGUACGCAAUGAGACACACACCAGCUACAAGCUGCUGACGCUCAUAGCCUCAGAUGAGGUUGACAAGAAGGUAUUCAUCUUUGCUGGUGUCUUGGGUACCAUGAAAGAGCUUUGUGAUGAAGUUUUGGCUAAGGUCAUCACUAAGAUAUAUAUUCACAAGGCUACCAAGGAUCAUCAGAUCAGGAAUAUCAAUGAUGAGAUCGCCCACCAGGAUGAAAUCAUCAACAAGGUUAACAAGGAAAAGAAACUUGGAUACUCUGACUGUGUCGUGACUACCCUUUGGGUUUACCUGUCUGGAUUUUACACUGGAUUCCGAAACAAGAUUGUACUGGCCCCUUUUACUUGCCCAGGUAUUGCUCUCCAGGCCGUCGAGGAGAAGGCCAGCCACCUCAACAAGAUCAAGAGCAAAUUGGAACAAACCCUCGACGAACUCGAGAGUUCCGUUGGACGCGAGAAGAAGCUUCGUGCAGAAAUUGAGAGGUCAAAGAGGAAGGUAGAGGGUGAUCUUAAAAUGACCCAAGGAUCUGUCGCAAGAAACACAAUGAUGUUGUCUGAACAGACUGAACAGAUCGAUCAUCUCAACAAGAUGAAGGCCAAAGCUCGGCGAGCGGCUGGACGAGGCCGAGGCGCCACCGCCGCCCAGAUCGAACUCAACAAGAAGCGCGAGCUACUUGUGAAAUUGCGCCGCGAACUAGAGGAGGUGAACAUCCAGAAUGAGGCCGCAGUCGCUGGGCUGCGAAAGAAGCAUAAUGACGCCGUUGCCGAAAUGUCGGAUCAGAUCGAUCACCUGAACAAGAUGAAGGCUCGGGCUGAGUCUGAUAAGGAGGCUCUGAAACGAGAGGCUGAUGACGCCAAGGCUGCCAUGGACGCUCUCUCUCGCGACAAAGCCGCAGCUGAAAAGAGCAUCAAGCAACUUCAGCAUGAACUGAACGACUCGCAUUCGAAGCUGGACGAGGCCAACCGCACGCUCAAUGACCUGGAUGCCUCGAAGAAGAAACUGGUGGUUGAGAACGGUGACCUCCUCCGCCAAGUUGAAGAGGCCGAGGGCCACAUCAAUCAGCUCAACAAGAUCAAGAUAUCGCUGUCAAACCAGCUCGAAGAUACAAGAAGGCUUGCCGACGAAGAGUGCAGGGAACGAGCAACACUACUUGGAAAGUUCCGCAAUCUGGAACAUGACAUCGACGGCCUCCGAGAGCAGCUGGAGGAGGAGAGUGAGGGCAAGGCGGACCUCCAGCGCCAGCUCUCCAAGUCCAGCGCCGAGGCCCAGAUGUGGCGUGCGAAGUACGAGCAGGAGGGAGUGGCUCGCGUCGAGGAGCUCGAGGCGGCUCGCAUGAAGCUUGCAGCUCGCCUCGAAGAGGCCGAGACUCAGAUUGAACAGCUGAAUGUCAAGAACAUGAGUCUGGAAAAGGCUAAGCAGCGGAUAUCCGCAGAGCUUGAUGACAUGCAGGUCCAGCUUGAGAAGGCUCAGAAUCUCGCAAACGCAGCCGAAAAGAAGCAGAAGAACUUCGAGAGGAUCAUCUCUGAGUGGAAAAUGAAAGUUGAUGAUCUUUCUGCAGAACUUGAAAGUUCCCAGAAGGAGUGUCGCAAUUACUCUACUGAGCUCUUCCGCGUGAAGGCCUCCUAUGAGGAGAACCUUGAGCAGCUUGACUCUGUUCGGCGGGAGAACAAGAAUCUCGCGGAUGAAAUCAAGGACCUGAUGGACCAGAUCGGCGAGGGCGGACGAUCCCUCCACGAGCUCCAGAAGAAUGCCAAGCGUCUUGAAAUAGAAAAGGAGGAACUUCAAGCCGCUCUUGAAGAGGCCGAGGCUGCCCUGGAACAAGAGGAAAACAAGGUUCUUCGUGCACAGCUUGAACUUAGCCAGGUUAGGCAGGAGAUCGACAGACGCAUUCAAGAGAAGGAAGAAGAAUUCGAAAACACACGAAAAUGCCAUCAGCGUGCUAUUGACUCUAUGCAAGCAUCUCUUGAAGCUGAGGCCAAGGGCAAAGCGGAAGCUCUUCGGCUGAAGAAGAAACUGGAGUCUGAUAUCAACGAGCUUGAAAUUGCCCUCGACCACUCCAACAAGGCCAAUGCUGAUCUGCAGAAACAUAUCAAGAAGGUUCAGACGGAAAUGCGCGACGUGCAGACCCGGCUGGAGGAGGAGCAGCGCUUGUCCUCUGAGUACCGCGACCAGUGCUGCAUUGCUGAGCGCAGAGCCGGAGCCCUCGCCGGAGAGCUGGAGGAGUCGAGGACACUCCUGGAGCAGUCAGACCGCGGUCGUCGCCAGGCUGAGGCUGAACUAGCCGAGUCCCAAGCUCAAGUGAGCGACCUCAACGCUCAGAACAGCUCCCUGGUUCUUUCAAAGAGGAAACUGGAAGGAGAAAUGCAAACCUUGCAGGCUGAUCUUGACGAAAUGCUGAACGAGGCCAAGAACUCGGAGGAGAAGGCCAAGAAGGCCAUGGUUGACGCCGCUCGCCUGGCCGACGAGCUCCGCGCCGAGCAAGAGCACGCCCAGAACCAGGAGAAGAUGCGCAAGGCUCUGGAGGUUUCCGUGAAAGACCUGGAGAUCCGCCUCGAAGAAUGCGAAACCAACGCCAUAAAGACCGGCAAGAAGGCCGUCGCCAAGCUGGAGAGCAGAGUCCGCGAGCUGGAGACUCAGCUGGACGACGAGAGCCGCCGUCACGCCGACGCCCAGAAGAACCUGAGGAAGUGCGAGAGGCGCAUCAAGGAGCUCAGCUUCCAGUCUGAAGAGGACAAGAAGAACCACGAGAGGAUGCAGGACCUGGUCGACAAGCUCCAGCAGAAGAUCAAGACCUACAAGCGCCAGAUCGAGGAGGCCGAGGAGAUCGCCGCCCUCAACCUGGCCAAGUUCCGCAAAGUCCAGCAGGAAUUCGAAGAACUCCAGAGUACUGUUUAAACCGGAACUGCAGUCAUCUACUUGAAAGAACGGGGAAUGGUAAUCCAGCCUAACAGUGUUUGCUUAACACUGACAAUACUGACAUUUUGUGAAAGAUUUAAUGAACAGAUGUAAUAAGCAGUUCAUCCUUAAAUUCUUAUUUUUAAUUCUUACCAGGAAUUCGAAAUUGAAAUAGAACUGAUAUAAUAAAAGUGUGUAUUGGAUCUAAUAAAUUAUACAUUAUUAGACUUUA